AUGCAUCUUAUCAGCACGUUACCGAAUUCUAUGAUCAAAAAGGAAAAUGAUCUAAUGGUGAACAAGUAUAUAAGGAAAAGCAAUAGAGGUUCUUGGACCGAAGAAACGAUGCAGAUGGCAAUGAAUGAAGCUAAAACUAGAUCAAUAAGCUCGGCGUCAAAAAAAUAUGGAAUUCCAAUUGGAACUUUACAUCGUCAUAUUAAAAAAGGGGACUCGUCCAAAAGCCUAGGAAGGUUUAAACCUGUUUUUUCAAAAGAACUGGAGAGGGAAAUAUGUGAUCUUGCAAUGGAACGUGAUAUACUUUUUUAUGGUUUAACAAAGCGAAGUCUACAACAACUAGCUUAUGAGGUAGCGAAAGUAAAUAAUAUUCCGCAUCCUUUUGCAUGUGAAAAAGCUGGAAAGGCAUGGCUUGAUGGUUUCAUGAAAAGACAUCCCCAACUGGCGUUCAGGACACCAGAACCCACAGCUUUAGCUCCUUGUUCUGCUCUUAAUCGCACGCAAGUGAAUCGGUUCUAUGAUAACCUGUGGAGCAUUAUAUCUCACCAUAACUUUUUGACAAGACCCGAUGACAUCUAUAAUAUGGAUGAGACUGGUGUCAAGACCAGUGCUUCCAAACCUCCAAGAGUUAUUUCUGUAAAAGGUAAAAAACAAGUAGGAGUUAUAGCAACAGCAGAAAAAGGGCAACUUACCACAGUAAUCUGUGCUUGCAGCGCAACUUGUCGAUUCAUCCCUCCUUGCUUCAUGUUUGGACAAAGAAAAAGAAUGAAUGAACGCCUUCUAGAUGGAGCUCCUAAUGGUUCUCUAGCUUGGGUUUCAGAUUCUGGUUGGAUAACUAACAGCACUUUUAACAACUGGCUAAAAUUUUUUAUUGAUAUAACAAGACCAAAACAAGACAGGCCAGUUUUAUUGAUUCUAGACAACCAUUCUACUCAUCAAAACUUGGAAGCUUUGAAUUUAGCUCGACAGAACCAUGUAAUUAUGGUCAGUAUUCCCCCCCAUACGAGCCAUAAGCUACAACCAUUGGAUGUGUCAGUUUACCGUUCAUUCAAAGUAGCUUUUGAGCAAGCGCUAGAUACUUUUCAAAAGAAUCAUCCCGGAAGAAGGGUAAAUCAAUUUGGAUUUUGCACCUGCAACUCUUUUUAUGAAAAUGCUGCAGUUAUUGAAGAGCAAUCAAAUACUGCUGUAACAGAUGAAGGAGACAAAAAUAAAGACCCUGUCGUUGCGGAAAACAUAGGUUUAAAUAAUGAUAAUGUGACAGAAAUUGAAAAUCCAUGUGAUGUCAUCAAUGAUCCUGUUGAGAAAAACAAUACUGAUGAACCACCCGCUGGCAACGAUAGUGAAGACAAACAGAAAGAAGAAAAGGAACUUAAUUCUGAUGAUAAAAAAAAUGAAAUGACUGAAGAUAGUACGCUUGAAACUCGUUCCGGUGUUUUUGAUAAGAGCUGGGACCAACCAUCCACUUCGCACUAUAUUUCUCCAAUCAAAAUUCUUCCAUCACCAAAAGUUACUCCUACUAUAAAGAAGCGGAAAGCGAGAUGUCAAAGGUCAGAAGUCUUAACCAGUUCUCCAUUCAAAAAUCCUAUUAAAAUGAAAAUUGAGAUGAAAGGGAAACCAAAUUUAUUAUUUAAUCGGACCAUUAAAGGCAAGGAAAAUCAAAACAAGGAAGUACGAACAUGCGAGAAUAAAGGAAAAGGGAAAGGAAAAGGAGUAAAAACAGAAAAAGAUAAACAUAUUGUACCAAAUAUAGAGCAGUCUUCACAAAAUGAUGUGUUCUGUGUAUUAUGUGGGGAACCUUAUGUGGAACCGCCCACAGAGGACUGGGUAGUGGUUGGGCACAUGAAUUGUGUACCGACACAGAGGAUGAUGACCUGCCGCCAUUCUGGUUGCUAA